UCUCUCUUUCUUUCUGUCCCGUUCCCACACUCUCUUUCUCUCUCUCUGCGUCUGCGCUCUCACUUCAGGACGGAGUGAGACAAAGUUGACUUUGCGCGUCUUCGAGACCUGGAAAGGUAAAGAGCAUAGAUGCCCUUUAAAAGACAAGAAGAAGAAAAAGAAGCGCUGCAGCAGCAACACAGAGUGGCACGCCUCGUCAUUUCCAAUUUCUCCCGACUUUGCUGACUGCUUAUCGUCCACAUUUCAGGUCUUGUCUGGUCUUGUCAGGACGCAUGAGAUGGAAAAGGGCACACCGGGUAUCCUUGACGACGUCGAGCAGCGGUGGGAGAAGGUGGAGUGCAAACGCUAUGAAGUUUGUCGACUCAUCGCUCCGGCUCGGCUCACCCCGUACCUCCGCCAAUGCAAAGUGCUGGAUGAGCAAGAUGAAGAUGAGAUCCUCAACUCUUUAGUGCUGGUCUCCAAAGCCAACCGCGCAAGUCGCCUUCUUGACAUCCUGCACUCCAAGGGAGAGCGGGGCUAUGUGGUCUUUCUGGAGAGUUUAGAAUUUUACUAUCCGGAACUUUACAAACAGGUCACGGGGAAGAACCCAACACGGCGCUUCUCCACCAUCGUAGUGGAAGAAGGUCAUGAAGGUCUGACCCAGUUUUUGAUGAACGAGGUGAUGAAGCUGCAGCAGCAGUCGAAAGUGAAGGCCCUGCAGCAUGUUGAGCUCAGCAGGAAGAACUGCACCCUGGAGGAUGAGCAGAAGAAACUGCGGCUCGUAAAUCAGGAACUUCACACCUCGCAACAGAGGUACAACAAAAUGAAAGAAGAAAGAAACACCUACAGCGAUGAGCUGCUGAGAGUCAAGGAUGAGAACUACAAGCUGGCCAUGAGAUACGCCGCGCUGAGCGAGGAGAAGAACUUAGCAGUGAUGAGGAGCAGAGACCUGCAGCUGGAGAUUGAUCAGUUCAAGCACAAGUUAAACAAGAUGGAGGAAGAGUGUAAGAUAGAGAGGAAGCAUAGUCUCAUACUGAAGAACGACAUCGAGAAACGUCCCAAGAGGGAGCAGAUCUUUGAGCUGGAGCGGGAGAACGAGACACUCAAAAUCAAAUUACAGGAGCUUCAGUCCAUCAUCCAGCCUGGUCCCCUGUCCACUUCAGACAAAGACAUUGUUGACAUUUUGGAGCAUGACAGACAGGAAGCGCUGGACGACAGACAGGACCUGGUCAACCGCAUCUACAACCUUCAUGAGGAAGUCAGGCAGGCAGAGGAACUGCGAGACAAGUAUCUGGAGGAGAAGGAGGAUCUGGAGCUCAAGUGCUCCACUUUGGAGAAAGACUGUCAAAUGUACCGCAACCGAAUGGACACCAUCACCAUGCAGCUCAAAGAAGUGGAGAAAGAGAGGGACCAGGCUUUCCGGGGCCGAGACGACGCCCAGCACCAGUUCUCGCAGAGUCUGAUCGACAAAGACAAGUAUCGCAAGCAGAUUCGAGAGUUGGAGGAGAAAAGCGAUGAGCUCCAAAUCGAGAUGGUGCGCAAAGAAGCUCAGCUGGUCACGCUGGAGUCUCGCAUGCGACGUAUCUCCAAGGAUAUCGCCUUGGAUCAGAGCUUACCAAGGGACGUAGCCCCAACUUUCCUCUUUCAGCGGGAGCUAAAACCCGCCCAGGCCCAGUCGGAAUGGUCCAGUGACGAGUCACCAGAGGAAAGGAUGCCACCUGAGGAGUCCCGCCUCAGACGCAGACCCAAUCUAAAAGCAAACAGAGCAAAGUCUCCCAGCUGGGUACCCAAAGAGCUUGCGGCUAAUACCGAGCCUUCUCAUCCCGCCAACGGUGGAGAACUUCUUGAAAUUCCGACAGCAAACUUAAACGCCAGCAGCAUGUCCCUCCCUCCUACACCCAGCGUGGCCCCUUCAUCCCUCACGUAUCAAAGCUAUCAUUCCAUGACGGAACAGUCCAACCGGGCAAAUAUGAUGCGUUACCGUACCGACAGCAUCCAAUCCACGCAGCCCGAGCCCCCCGAGAAAGCCUCUUUGUACCGCAGGGAACGGGAGAACGAAGACGACUUCCACCCCCGCAGCCUCUCGGACUUUGACAGUGACACUAUGGAAUUUGAGGAAGAAGUUGAGCGCGGUCCACCUUCUCUCCACUCCUCUUCAUCAUCCUAUCAAUCAGAAGUCAUGGACACUUACGACAUGGAGCAAGUCAAUAACAUCUUCAGGAAACUUUCCCUGGAAAGGCCUUUUCGUCCAUCUCUGUCCUCCGUGUCCAGCAUCAACUCGGCCUGGAAGCCCAUGCAGGAGUUGACCUUAUUAGGUGAACACCUACUAAAGGACAUCACUCUCACCGGAGGCAAUGACAGUGGGAUUUUCAUCUCAUCUGUCCAGCCGGGCUCCGUUGCUGAGAAGAGCGGCUUGCGAGAAGGUCACCACCUCUUGCUGCUUGACGGGCGCAUACGUGGAGAGAACCAGAGGAUUUCGUUAGAAACCAGCACCCUGGAGGAAGCGCACUGGGUGCAGCAGUACUGCUCCGGAUUGAUCAGACUGCACUACCGGGCCAACUUUGAUUCUUACCGUCGUUUUCAGAGGGACCUUGAAGAAGGUACGCGGGUUUCCGGAGACUCUUUCUACAUACGGGUGAACAUGAACAUCUCCAGUCAGUCAGACAACUGCUCGCUGAGUGUGCAAUGCGAUGAGGUGGUCCACGUUGUGGACACAAAGCACCGGGGCCAGUGCGAGUGGCUGUGCGCCCGGGUUGAUCCCUACAGCGGCUGCGACCUGCCAGAUCGCGGGACUCUGCCUAGCAACUCACGGGCCCAGCAGCUCCUUCUAGUCAAGAUACAGAAGUUGAUGUGUCGAGGGGGGAAAGAGGAAAAUGAAAUGCAGCGCAACAUGAGGAGCACUUUGCAGGCAGAAGAAGGCACCCCCUCGUCUGAUCCCAAAGCCAGCCCGCGCAUGUCCAGAGCUAGCAUCUUCCUCACUCAGAUCAUGCAGCUUGUCAGCAGGACGGAUACCAAAUACAAGCGACUGAACAGCAACGAGCGUGUGAGAAUCAUAACCUCCAGUAGCGCAACUCUCCCCAGACAAGGCUUAGACGCACUCAGAGCAGAAGAUGGAGCUGAUCCCGAGGGAGAGAUGAGCAGGAGUUUGAACUUGACCCCCUACAGUGUUGUCACCCCCCAGUGGACUGAGAGGAAGAGACCGGUGCUCUUCACACCAUCUGCUUUAGCCAAAACACUUUCACAGAAAUUAGUUAAUAUGGGAGGGGUCACGGACUUCAGUGUGUGCAAACCAGAUAUUUUACCCAAAGAGGAGUAUAAUCAGAAACUGAGUGCAGAGUCCAUUGUUCACUACAAAGAAAAAAAUCCCUCUAUUGAAUUCAUCGCCAAAGACAGCAUAGAGGCCAUCGCUGCAAAGGGCAAACACUGUCUACUGGAAGCGGAACUUAGUUGUGUCAAGAACCUCCUGAAGAUGGAUAUAUACCCAAUCAUCAUCUUUGUCAAGAUAUGUGAAAAAAAUGUCAAAAAGCUGCGAAAGUUGCCACUGCGGCUGGAGUCGGAGGAGGAGUUUCUGAGGUCAAGCAGGGCAAAAGAGAAGGAGCUGGAGGGCAUUCCUUGCCUCUACGCCAGCCUGGAGCCAGACGCCUGGCCAGGGACGGACGACCUCAUCAGAAUGGUUAAAGAGCGAAUAUUUGAGGAGCAGAAGAAGACUGUGUGGGUGGAGCAAGAUCUACUGUAGGCACUUAUCAUUUCUCACCAUGGGCUGUACAUGGAAAAAAAACUAUUUCUGAACCACAACAAAUACAGCACCAAAAUUGUAGAUUUAUAUGUUCUGUAUUUAAUAGUAAAACAAUAAACAUGAUCUUUUGUAAA